ACAAAAAUGAGGAGAGAGAGAGAGAGGGUAGAGAAAAACUCCAUCUUCCAUAGUUCCAUUCCAUCCAUCCUUGGCUUCCAAGAACUCCUUUUUCUCCUCUCCCGGAGAACUCCUUCCUUCCUUCCUCCCCUCGCCUUCGUGCGUCCUCCUCCUCCCCCAUCCAAAGCUCGCAACUUGACACCCCACUCGCGCGACUUCCAUGUCCUGUAGCCGCAUCUGCAUGUCAAGCCACGGGGAGGCCGCCGCCGCCGCCGCGCCGUCACACCCGUGACAUCCAUCCCUCCCUCCCUCCCCCGGUGUCCGUCCAUGUUCGCCCCUGGUUCUUGAUUCGUCAGGUCCCGUGACAACUUGCUCCUCCCUGAUUUGUCCGGUGCUGCCGGAGCCUGCAGCAUGGCGCCGUUGCGUGGGGCCAAGCGACGGAGGAAGGCGGCGGCGGAGAAGAAGGCUGCAAUGGCGGCGGCUGCUGCGGCGGGAGGCGCGCCCGGGGCAGGCGGCGGCGACUGGUGGGACGGCUUCUGCAUGCGGAUGUCAGGAACCUUAUCUUGUAUUGAGGAUGCACAAAGAUUUGAGUCUAUCUUCAAAAUGCCAAGGAGAACCUUCAACUACAUCUGUAGCCUGGUGAGAGAUGAAAUGAUGGUGAGGUCUAGCAGCUAUACCUUUCUUGACGGGAAGGUGCUAUCUUUAGAAGAUCGGGUGGCGGUGGCUCUGAUAAGGUUGAAUUCUGGUGGAUCACUGGUGACUGUUGGAUCUGCUGUUGGUGUAAACCACUCAACUGUCUCACUGAUAACAUGGAGAUUUGUUGAGGCUAUGGAGGAGCGAGCGAGCCACCAUUUGCGGUGGCCAGAUUCCAGUGAAAUGGAGAAGAUCAAAUCCAUGUUUGAGAAGAUACAGGGAUUGCCAAACUGCUGUGGUGUCGUAGACACAACACACAUCACAAUGUGCCUUUCUUCAGCUGAGCCAAACUGUAAGGUCUGGCUGGACCAUGAGAAAAAUUACAGCAUGGUCUUGCAAGCUGUUAUCAGUCCAGACAUGAGGUUCAUGGACAUUGUGACAGGAUGGCCUGGUAGCAUGAAAGAGUCUAGCAUUUUGCAUAGCUCGGGUCUUUUCAAGAUGUGUGAAAAAGGUGCACGGCUGAACGGCAGCAAGCAGGCAUUGUCAGAUGGUUCAGAAAUUGGCGAAUACAUAAUCGGCGAUGCAGGAUAUCCUCUUCUUCCCUGGUUGCUCACACCUUACCAAGAAAAUAAUCUCUCGGACGCCAAAGUAGAGUUCAAUAAGAGACAUGCAGCAGCCAUAGCUGUUGCACCAAGGACACUGGUGAAGUUCAAAGACACAUGGAAGUUCCUUCAUGGCGAGAUGUGGCGCCCCGACAAGCACAAGCUGCCUCGUAUAAUCCAUGUGUGCUGCAUGCUGCAUAACAUAAUCAUAGGCCUUCAGGGUUCAGCAAUGGUUGAGGCAGACAUGUCGAACAAUCACGACGCGAAUUACAAGCAGCAGGUGUGCCAGUUAGCAGAUGAGAAUGCUGUCAUGGUGAGGGAUAAACUGUCCGAACACUUGGUCAGCAGUUGACAGAGAGAAGAGGCCGUGGAUGUACUGAAGAAACUGAACCUUAAGCCUGCUGCAACCUGCAGCUGAUGAGUCUUUUGGCUCUGAGUUUCAGUUUUGAUGAGUUUUAUAGCCUUCUAGGGGAGUACUGCUAAUUAGUCGGUCAGCUGUGACUAUUGAAACCAAGUGUAACAGUAGAGCUCCAGCUCGCCCCUGUAGCGUGAAAAUGGCAUACAAAUCAAACUAGUAUAAGCUUCCUAGUAAAACUUAAACUGUUCAGACGACUAUACAAGUCUCUCCCUUUUUUUUUCACUCUCGUGGAGGCAUUUUAAUUUUGGGGGCACUGCAACUAUUUAUU